AUGGCUUCAUCUUUUCUCUGCUUCACCCUCCUCUUCAUCAGCAUCCGCACUGCAGAUGGAUUUUUAGAGUAUAGGGUGGAUCGCUGUGAAUUUAACUCCACUGCGCUGAAGCACAUCGAGUACAUCUACUCUCGCUAUUACAAGAAGAUAGAGUACAUCAGGUUCAGCAGCAGUGUGGGGGAGUAUGUUGGAUUCACUGAGCAUGGAGUGAAGCUGGCAACGCUCUGGAACAAUGAUACUGCACGGCUGAAUUCAAUGAGACGAAUGAUAACGGCAUAUUGUUACCAAAACAUUAAUGUUCAUGAUCGGGCUGUUCUAGCUAAGUCAGUUCAGCCCAGUGUCAGAAUUAAGUCCAAGACCCCGCUUUCUGGUCACCAUCCUGCCAUGUUGGUCUGCAGCGUCUACGACUUCUUUCCCAGUGAGAUCAAAGUGAGCUGGCUCAGAGACGGACAGGAAGUCACCUCUGAUGUCACUUCCACUGAGGAGAUGGCAAAUGGUGAUUGGUACUACCAGACUCACUCCUACCUGGAGUACACACCCAGGUCUGGCGAGAACAUCUCCUGUGUGGUGGAGCACGCCAGCCUGAAGGAACCUCUGAUCACUGACUGGGACUCAGAGCCGUCCUCGGACAAAUCAACUCCUGAAUCAACCACGCUGAUUGCCAUCGGAGCCUCUAUACUGACCCUGGGUCUGAUCUUACUUUUGGCUGGAUGUUUUCUCUACAGGUGGAAAGCCCCAGGUUAG